UUUACCGGUUAUAUCUGGCGGCCGCGGGGGUUGCUGAGGCAGCGCUUGCGCACGUGUCGGUCUCUCGCUUCCUGGCCAGUGUCGUGCGGGCUGUGUGGUGCUUGGUGCUCGUGCUCAGUGCCCUCUCUUGGAUUACCUUUGUUUUUUUGGCUGGAGCCGAUGCGCUGCUGUACGAUGCAAGACACUCACUGGCAGCGGGCGACCAAGUUGCCUGCGAUCUGACCCGAGCUCUCCUGCCACUCAAGUGUCUUCGAAGCAACUCUGUCUUUCAUCGCCCCACAGUUUAAUAGUGUCCCGCUGAACGAUUGAUCUCCAUAGAUAACUCACCCGACAUAUUCCAUAUUCGUAUUGAAUCGUUUCGAUGUUGUGUUUUCGUUGUAACAGAACUCUGUAAAAUGUGUGACAUCCUUAAAGUUCCAAAAGGAAAGUCCCGAGUGACGUUGAUUUGAUAUAGUUUUCUGUUGAAAGUGGUGAAAUAAACGUUUGCCAAGAUGAAUAAAAUGGUUUCAACGCUGUCCCUGGCCAUCCAUGCCGAAAAUCCAGAGGAGAGCCGGGCGAAAAAGUUAGACAAUUUAAAACAAGAAAUCGAUAUAGAUGAUCACAAACUUCCCAUGAACGAAUUCUUCAGGAAAUUUCAAACUCAUCCGGAUAGAGGACUGUCCACUCAACAGGCUAAAGCAUUUUUAGCGAGAGAUGGCCCGAAUGCUCUCACACCUGAAAAAAGAAGUCCGUGGUGGGUAGUUUUAUUAAAACAUUUAUUCCAAGGGUUUUCAAUCCUUUUGUGGAUCGGAGCCGUAUUGUGUUUUAUUGCUUAUUUUAUAGAGUCUCAAAUGGCGGAAGACGCUUCCCGGGACAAUUUGUGGUUAGGUAUUGUGCUGUGUUUAGUUUGUAUCAUUACCGGUAUAUUUUCAUACUCACAGGAAGCCAAGAGCUCAAGGAUUAUGGACUCCUUUAAGAACAUGGUUCCUACAUACGCAAAUGUCAUUAGGGACGGCCAGAAGAAAACCGUGUUGGUUCACGAGUUAGUGGUGGGAGACGUCGUCCUGGUGAAGUUUGGAGAUAGGGUUCCAGCGGAUGUCAGGAUCAUUGAAUGUCAAGGAUUUAAGGUGGACAACUCUUCGUUGACCGGAGAGUCAGAGCCCCAGUCACGAUCAAUCGAAUGUACCAAUGACAUCGCUCUUGAAACAAAGAAUCUAGCUUUCUUCUCGACCAACGCUGUAGAGGGAACAGCUAAGGGAGUAGUUAUCCUUACAGGAGAUCACACAGUAAUGGGCAGGAUAGCUGGACUAACCUCGGGUCUCAAAACUGGAGAUACUCCAAUUGCUAAGGAAAUUCAUCACUUCAUGCAUCUCAUUUCAUGCUGGGCUAUGUUUUUAGGAUUCUCAUUUUUCCUGCUAUCAUUCGCUUUAGGGUAUCAUUGGCUGGAUGCUGUCAUCUUUCUGAUAGGAAUAAUUGUGGCCAAUGUUCCAGAAGGUCUUACUGCUACUGUUACUGUGUGCUUGUCUCUAACUGCAAAGAGGAUGGCUUCGAAAAACUGCGUAGUCAAACAUCUGGAAGCUGUAGAAACAUUAGGAUCCACAUCUACCAUAUGUUCGGAUAAAACUGGAACGCUGACACAAAACAGGAUGACUGUAACUCACAUAAGCUACAACUUGGACAUUUUCGAUGUUGACUAUUGCUUAUACGACAGUGGGUUAGCUGAUAGAAACUGCAGUGAAUAUAAGGAAUUGUAUCGCGCUGGAUGUUUGUGUAGCCGUGCAGAGUAUCUACCGAACCAAGAGCAAGUUCCAACGUUGAAAAGAGAAGUUAUGGGAGAUGCGUCUGAAGCAGCAAUUUUAAAGUUUUCUACAUUGGCCGAGGGUGACGUUAUGGAAUUUAGAAAGCGCCAUAGAAAGGUUUGUGAAAUACCCUUCAAUUCAACGGACAAAUUUCAAGUUUCCAUACAUGUUCUUCCAGACACAAAUAAACAUCUCUUGGUCAUGAAGGGUGCACCGGAAAGAAUAUUUGAGCGCUGUUCUAAAAUAAGAAUUGAUGAUACAGAAGUUCCAAUCGAUGAAAGAAUCAGAGAAGAAUUCGAAAUCAUUAUAGAUCAGCUUGGCAACUUUGGCGAACGUGUUCUUGGAUUUUGUCAGUUUUACUUGGGAAAUGAUUAUCCACUCGGUUUUAAGUUCAAUAGUGAGAAACCUAAUUUUCCAUUGAAUGGGCUCAGUUUUCUUGGGUUGAUGUCGAUGCUUGAUCCUCCACGACCAGCUGUUCCAGAUGCAGUAGCCAAAUGCAGAACGGCCGGAAUUCGAGUGGUAAUGGUAACAGGAGAUCAUCCGGUGACCGCCAAGGCCAUAGCUAAAUCUGUUGGAAUCAUUUCAGAGGGCUCAGAGACGUUAGAAGAUAUGGCAAAAAGAUUAAAUGUGCCUCUUUCCUCACUAGAUCCCAGUGAAUCUACAACCAUAGUAGUCCAAGGAUCCAAACUGAGAGACAUGUCAUCGGAACAGCUGCAGCAUAUUUUAAGAACUCAUAAAGAGAUCGUCUUUGCAAGAACUUCUCCAACGCAGAAAUUGCACAUUGUUGAGGGAUUUCAAGAGUUAGGAGCAAUAGUAGCUGUGACUGGAGAUGGUGUUAAUGACUCCCCAGCUCUGAAGAAGGCGGAUAUUGGAAUAGCCAUGGGUAUAACUGGUUCUGACGUUUCGAAACAAACCGCAGAUAUGAUAUUGCUCGAUGACAACUUUGCUUCGAUUGUAACUGGUGUAGAAGAAGGCAGACUGAUUUUCGACAACUUGAAGAAAUCGAUAGCGUACACAUUGGCUUCUAAUGUACCUGAAAUAACUCCAUUCCUUGCAUUUAUAGUUAGUGGAAUCCCCUUGCCUCUCGGAGUGGUAGCCAUCCUUUGCAUCGAUCUGGGAACGGAUAUGUGGCCAGCUAUAUCUCUAGCGUACGAAUCUCCGGAGUCCGACAUCAUGCGGCGUCGACCAAGGAAUCCCAGAACGGAUAAGCUGGUCAACGGCAAACUCAUCUUCCUCGCCUACGGUCAGAUCGGAGUCAUCGAGGCCGUCGCUGGGUUCUUCUCCUACUACGUCAUCAUGGCUCAGAACGGUUGGUGGCCCUUGAAACUCUUCGGUAUCCGCAAGUACUGGGACGCCAACAGCAUCAACGACCUGGAGGAUUCCUACGGUCAAGAGUGGACCUACGCCAACAGAAAGGUGUUGGAGUUCACUUGUCACACUGCCUUCUUCAUCGCAAUAGUGGUUGUCCAGUGGGCCGAUCUGAUCAUCUGUAAGACCCGCUACAACUCGAUCUUCCACCAGGGCAUGAGCAACUGGGUGCUCAACUUCGGCAUGGUGUUCGAGACCCUCUGUGCCUGCUUCGUGUCCUACUGCCCCGGCAUGAGCGAGGUGCUGCGUACCUACCCCGUGCGCUGGGAGUGGUGGCUGCCUGCCGUGCCUUUCGCCAUCCUCAUCUUCCUGUACGACGAAAUACGCCGCUUCUACAUGCGCAGACACCGCGGGGGCUGGAUAGAACGGGAAAUGUACUAUUAAGCAUUUUGUGUUCAAUUAUCGUUAGCAAAGACAACUACUGGACUUGUUCAAUCAAGAUGUAUAUACUGUAGAUCCAAGUACAUAUUAAUGAAUAAGUUUGUUAUUUACGAACCAUGUCCGUUGUUGUUAAAUUGUCUUGUUUAAUAUGGUUAUUGCCAAUAAGUUGCCAAGACACUAACAGAUUCCUCAAGUCAUAUCCACACGUUGUGUUGAAGGUGUGGUUUGCACGUCUUGUGCGACACUUGUGCUGGAUUACUUUUGCAGUUUUUAUAAAUUCUAUGUUAUGUUUUUUGUCAGACUAGCGAUAGAGUUCAGCUUAAUACGGUAUCCGAAGCAAGAGAUAUAUCGUGUUACAUUUUAUAUUAGUCAGAAUAAUAUUGAAACGGAUCAAACCCCGUUAUAGGAUUUAUUGUUACAAUACGAAAAGAGAUCUUUAUAGUCAAACGUUGAUUGAAUGUAGGCUAAUGUAGGUGAAUAAUUUAAACAAUUUAUCGUAUAAGAAAAUCAUCAAAAUAAUGUUCUUGAUAUUUUUGUGAUUUUACGAUAGUGCACAGUAUUUUUUUAGAGGUAAGCCAAUUUCGUUCUAUACGAAAUCCAAUUGAUUGUUCAAAAGUUUAUUUUCUUACUCCUCACUUUGACUUUUACCUAAAUUGUCGAAACGAUGUUUCCGAAGUGUGUGGUUGAUAUAAUAAUGUUAACUACUGGGAGAACCACCACAACAUGCCACAGCCGAUUGGCUGGCUACUCACAGAAGUAAUGUUAUGGUAGCGAGCGCUGUUCUGUGUUGAGAUGUUAGAAUAGUGAGGACUAAUGUUCCAUGUCAAUGUAUUAGAUUAGGCCUAAACACUGUAUACAUGCCUUGCAGUAAAAAUCGACUGAAUAAACCGAUUCUGUGCCGUGUUUUUGAUAA